AUAGCACCGCUGAUAAUAAGAAUUGUGGGAAAGCUUGCCGGUUUCAAUUUCCGGAGUGCGAAAAAUAGAGAUAAAAAGAACUGUGGAUGAAAAUCCGUAAACAUCAUAUCUAUAUAUAAUGCAUAUAUAACAAGGGCACAACGAAUGAUACAGGAUGCAUCUGUACAACCUUACACUACAGAGAGCCACGGGCGUCACUUGUGCUGUCCAUGGCAAUUUUUCUGGUUCCAAGUUGCAGGAAGUGAUUGUUGCUAGGGGAAAGAUUCUGGAGCUACUCAGACAUGAUCCAAACACUGGGAAGAUUUAUCCUGUAUUGACACAAGAAUCAUUUGGAAUUAUACGUUCUUUGAUGCCAUUCAGAUUAACAGGAGGAACCAAAGAUUAUCUUGUUGUUGGCUCAGACUCUGGUAGAAUUGUAAUCCUGGAGUUUCUGGCACAGAAGAACAUGUUUGAGAAAGUACAUCAGGAAACAUUUGGCAAGAGUGGCUGUAGACGUAUUGUUCCUGGCCAAUUCCUAGCUGUUGAUCCUAAAGGCAGAGCUGUUAUGAUAGGUGCUGUUGAGAAGCAGAAGUUAGUGUAUAUAUUAAACAGAGAUGCUCAGGCCAGACUGACAAUCUCAUCACCACUAGAAGCACAUAAAGCAAACACCUUGGUGUUUAACAUGGUCGGCGUAGAUGUUGGUUUUGAAAAUCCUACAUUUGCUUGUCUUGAAAUCGAUUAUGAGGAAUGCGAUGCUGAUCCUACUGGGGAAUCUGCUGAUAAAGCACAGCAACUAUUAACAUAUUACGAGUUGGAUCUUGGGCUGAAUCAUGUUGUGAGAAAAUACUCGGAACCUUUAGAAGAACAUGCCAACUUUCUCAUCUCUGUUCCUGGUGGCACAGAUGGACCUAGUGGUGUUCUGAUAUGUUCCGAGAACUAUAUUACAUACAAGAAUCUUGGUGACCAACCAGAUAUAAGAUGUCCUAUUCCAAGAAGGCGGAAUGAUUUAGAUGAUCCAGAAAGAGGGAUGAUAUUUGUAUGCAGUGCCACACAUAAAACAAAGUCGAUGUUUUUCUUCCUGGCACAAACUGAACAAGGGGACAUUUUCAAAAUCACCUUGGAAACAGAUGAGGAUAUGGUUACAGAAAUACACCUCAAGUACUUUGAUACAAUCCCUGUUGCUGCAAGUCUGUGUGUGUUGAAAUCUGGAUUUCUGUUUUCUGCCUCGGAAUUUGGAAAUCAUAAUUUAUACCAGAUAGCUCGACUAGGAGAUGAUGAUGAUGAGCCUCGCUUUAGUAGUGCUAGUCCACUAGAAGAAGGUACUACUUUCUUCUUCUCUCCUCGACCACUGAAAAACCUGGUCAUGGUUGAUGAAAUGGACAGUUUGUCACCUAUAACAUCCUGUCAGAUAGCUGAUUUAGCCAAUGAAGACACUCCACAGUUGUAUACCUUAUGUGGUAGAGGUCCUAGAUCUUCUCUGAGAGUUCUCAGACAUGGUCUCGAGGUGUCUGAAAUGGCUGUAUCGGAACUACCCGGUAACCCUAAUGCUGUAUGGACUGUGAAGAAACACUCUGAUGAUGACUAUGAUGCAUACAUUAUUGUGUCUUUCGUUAAUGCUACCUUGGUACUGUCUAUCGGAGAGACGGUUGAGGAAGUGACAGACUCCGGGUUUCUCGGUACAACACCAACCCUGUCUUGUUCUCAACUUGGGGAAGAUGCUCUUGUCCAGAUUUAUCCAGAUGGUAUUCGUCAUAUUAGAUCUGACAAGAGAGUUAAUGAGUGGAAAACUCCUGGCAAGAAGAAUAUUGUCAAGUGUGCUGUAAAUCAGAGACAGGUGGUUAUAGCCCUGUCAGGUGGUGAACUUGUCUACUUUGAAAUGGACCCUACUGGCCAACUAAAUGAAUACACAGAGAGGAAAGAGAUGUCUUCAGAUGUUGUAUGUAUGGCACUGGGCCGGGUACCGUCAGGAGAGCAGAGAUGUCGGUUCCUGGCAGUUGGAUUGGCUGACAACACAGUCAGAAUUGUCUCCCUUGAUCCAUCAGAUUGUUUGUCACCAUUGAGUAUGCAGGCUCUACCAGCAGCACCAGAGUCACUGUGUAUUGUAGAAAUGGGAGGUACAGAAGCCAAAGAGGAGACCGGUGAGGCUGGUACAGCUGGUGGAUUGUUCCUUAAUACUGGAUUACAGAAUGGAGUAUUGUUGCGUACAGUGCUGGACACUGUAACAGGAGAUUUGUCCGACACGAGAACCAGGUACCUCGGUUCAAGACCAGUCAAACUUUUCAGAAUUGCCAUGCAAGGCUCAGAGGCUGUGUUGGCCAUGUCAAGUAGAUCUUGGUUAAGUUAUGCUUACCAAAGCAGAUUUCAUCUAACACCAUUAUCAUAUGAGAGUUUAGAGUAUGCCUCGGGCUUUGCCUCAGAACAGUGUCCAGAGGGUAUUGUAGCCAUCUCUACUAAUACAUUGAGAAUUUUGGCGUUAGAAAAGCUUGGAGCAGUAUUUAAUCAAGUAUCUCACAGUUUGCAAUAUACACCACGCAAGUUUGUCAUACAUCCAGAGUCAGGACAUCUCAUUAUCAUAGAAACAGAUCAUAGUGCUUAUACUGAGGCAACAAAAGCUCAGAGAAAACAAACAUUAGCUGACGCAAUGAUAGAGGACGCACAAGAGGAUGAGAGGGAGUUAGCAGCUGAAAUGGCUGCAUCAUUUCUGAACGAGGAAUUACCCGAGUCUGUGUUUGGAGCACCAAAAGCCAGCGCUGGCAUGUGGGCGUCAAUUAUCCGAGUCAUCAAUCCUAUUACUGGAGCAACAUUGGAUUCAAUAAAUCUUGAACAGAAUGAGGCAGCUCAUUGUUUAUCUAUAGUGAAAUUCUCCAACUCACCAGAUGACACUCAUGUUAUAGUUGGUGUUGCUAAAGAUUUGACAUUAAAUCCUCGUACAUUAGGAAAUGGAUUUUUAUACACUUAUAAACUGAUAGAAGGUGAAAGACUUGAAUUUGUGCAUAAAACUGUGGUUGAUGAAAUGCCGGGAGCCAUUGCACCAUUCCAGGGUAGGGCCCUGAUAGGAAUAGGAAAAUUCUUGAGGAUUUAUGAUCUUGGCAAGAAGAAAAUGCUGAGAAAAUGUGAAAAUAAGCAAAUGUGCAAGAUGUCCUUAUUCAAUCUCCGUAACAGUAUCCUCAAUGAAAUAACUGGACAUAUAUUUUUUUUCAAAUUUCAGGCUGACAUAUUGAUCAAUUUCUAUAUUGGUGAGGUGGUAACAUCAUUACAGAAAGCCACACUGAUACCUGGUGGAUCGGAAUCUCUAGUUUAUACUACAUUAUCUGGAGGAAUUGGCAUGCUUGUACCCUUCACAUCACAUGAGGACCAAGACUUCUUCCAACACUUGGAGAUGUACAUGAGACAGGAGCAUCCCCCUCUAUGUGGGAGAGAACACCUUUCAUACAGAUCAUACUUCUUUCCAGUAAAGAAUGUUGUGGAUGGUGACCUGUGCGAGUUGUUUCCAUCAAUGGAUGUAGCCAAACAGAAGAGUGUAGCAGAGGAACUUGACAGAACACCAGCUGAAGUAUCCAAAAAAUUGGAAGACAUCAGGACUAGAUACGCCUUUUAAAUAUUUGUACCUCGAGUCGGUCAUGUACAAAAAUUACUUCUCUUGCUUAUACUUAUACAGUGUAUUUAUAUAUGAACGACAGUGUGAUGAAUGUUUUUCUAGCUUUUGCUACAUGCAGAACCAAAAGGGAACAAAUAAGAACUCUAUUAUACACUUACGAUGGGAGAUAUUUGGAUAUUUUAUGUGUCUGUUAAGUGAAACUUUUGUUUACGCUGGUAAAGUUGUAGUAGUGUAAUAAAUGAGGGGAGAUAAUAAGUCACUGGGCACUUUCUGUUUAUCAAAGACAGACUAAUGAAUUAAACAAGAUGAGGUAUUAACUAAUGUAUAUAUAAAAACUGUGACAUAUUUCUUGGUAUCAAUGGUUUCAUGAUCAUGUAAGGGGCAGCUUUGUUUAAUGUUGUAAACAUUAAUAGAAUCAUUGUUACCAUAUGUAUCUAUAUAUGUAUAUGUUUGUAUGUUAAUUAUGAAGUGAGAGGCUGUAAUUUUGGAUUACUUUUUUUUUUAAUGAAAUCAAAAAAAGGGUAUAUCUACGUCAUAUUUCUAGUAUUUGUUUGAAAACAACAUGAAAGAUUACACUUGAACUUCAGGAAAGAACAUGUUUAUGCUAAAUAAUCAAUAUAUGUGAUUGUAGAUAUGAUGCUAAUGAUGCCCAUAUGUUGUACAUGACAUAUAGAGACAUUGUGUUCAUUAGAUUUAUAGGGAACUAUUUUUUCAUCAGUUGCUAAAUUCUGCAUCACCCAUUCAAUAUUCAAUAUACAUUAACUACAUGAUGUAAAUAUUUUCAUGCUUUUUUUCUGUUAGAUAUUUUUACAAUUCUACACUAUUUUGCUGAACAUUCUUAAUAAGUUAAUAUUGUAAUCAUAUGAUUGUAAAGUUUUGAAUGAAUUGUAUGUACUAAGUAGUGGUACAAUCAGUUGAUUAUCUUCCAAAACAUACUCCGUAAAAGACUGAUUAAAAAUAGCAUUUAAAUUUCAAAUGAAGGAAAUAGGACAAAGAUUUGUAAUAUUAUCUAUUGAAUUUCCAAACUUUUUUUUUUCUUUGUAACAUGUAGACUAUUUUUUCAAGCGUAACAAUAAUUCUUUAAAUAAACUUGUUGUAACUGUACAAUAUCAAAAUUUGAAACUUGCGACAUUUAUGUGCAUAUAUGAAAAUUAAUAAUUUUGCAACUGUCAUUAAAAUGAUAAAAAAUUUU